GACUGAGGGCAUGGCGGCCCAGAUGGCGGCCGUUCUUUUGGGGUUGGCAAUGGGAUGUUUGCUGCUGGGCAGCGGGGAUGCCUUCAUGACGGGCCAGCCCUUGCUCUGUCAAGGCAGGAGAAGCCACGCUUUGCGUGCUCGGCCUGUGGCUCCGCUGUGUAAAGCUUCUGAUGAGUGGGAGGACUUCAUCCUAGAGACUCAGGAGAACAUCUGUCGGACGGCAGCGCGUGCUGAUGGCAAGUCGAGCUUCAUCACUGACAGAUGGGAUCGUGGGGAAGGCCAAGGGUUCGGGAUCACCCGCGUGCUGGAAGACGGGAAUUUGUGGGAGAAGGCGGCAUGCAGCGUGUCGGUCGUCAAAGGGAAGCUCUCGAAGGAGCGCGCUAUGGCUAUGAGCUCGAGGGGACGGGAGGCAGAGGCGGGACAGCCUUACAGCGCCAUAGCGUGCUCGCUAGUGUUCCACUCGGCUUCUCCCAUGGUUCCAACGUUCAGGGCAGACGUCCGUCACUUUCAAGUUGUCGGGGGAGGAGGAUGGUAUGGGGGAGGAGCGGACCUGACGCCUUAUUACUUGUUUCCGGAGGAUGCGAAAGAGUUCCACUCGUUUUACAAGAAUAUUUGCGACAAACAUGAUCCGCAGGCGUAUGGGAAGUUCAAGAAAUGGUGUGACGACUAUUUCUAUAUUCCAGCUCGCAAGGAGCACAGAGGAGUAGGUGGGAUUUUCUUCGACGACCUCGCGCAAAUGAGCGACUCUUCGGACCCUCUUCCCUUCGUCAAGGACGUUGCAGAUGGGUUUAUGCCAAGUUAUCUGCCCAUUGCCGAGAGACGGAGGUCGACCCCUUUCACGGACAAGCAGAGAAACUGGCAGCUCCUUCGUCGUGGCCGAUAUCUUGAGUUCAACCUGCUAUACGACAGAGGAGUGAAAUUCGGACUAGAUGGUCAAGGAAGGACGGAGUCGAUCAUGGUUUCUGCUCCUCCUUUGAUUGCUUGGAGGUACAACGUGGAGCCUGAGGAGGGGAGCGAGGAGCAGAAGUUGGUAGACGUGCUGAGGGAGCCGAUUGCCUGGGCUUGACUGAGU